CACCGACCCCUCUCUUCUGGCCAUGCCUCACCGACCCCUCUCUUCUGGCCAUACCUCACCGACCCCUCUCUUCUGGCCAUACCUCACCAACCCCCUCUUCUGACCAUACCUCACCGACCCCUCUCUUCUGGCAAUACCUCACCGAACCCUCUCUUCUGGCAAUACCUCACCGAACCCGCUCUUCUGGCAAUACCUCACCGACCCCUCUCUUCUGGCAAUACCUCACCGACCCCUCUCUUCUGGCCAUACCUCACCGAACCCCUCCCUCUCACGACACAUCGUUUUAUUGUUGGCUCGUCAGGCGGCACGAGACUCGCGGGUUUUAGCGUGCAGUUGUUGAAAUGAAAUGCUAACACAUUUUGAAACCAUCAUUAGACACGCGGCUGCUGAAACAUUUACAUUAAACUUGUAAUCCACCACAUGUGAAGGAACAAAUCGAAGUGUAUCUGAAGUUGUCGCGUUGGAGCAUUUGGAUUUCACAUCAAUAUAAACAGGAUUGCGACAUAAAUGCCUUAACUUCCUGGGGCGUAUUGGUCUUACCAGACUGGUUCUCCAGUGUACCAACUCUGGUGUCUGAGACAUCUACCCUGAUCGGGAGGAGAUGAGCUGGGCAGAGGAGGACUGGACGGUGGGCCUGUCUGGCCGGGCCCUGCAGAAGGUCAAGGAGCUGCAGGUCCAGCAAGAGAGGCUGAACAGAGAGAGACAGCAGAAACAGCUGCAGCUGGACAGCACACAGACCUCCCUCAACAAACAGACUGUCAAGUAUGAGGAGGUGCGCGGGGAGCUGCAGUGUGUACAGAGGGAGUUACAGGGGGCUCGUGAGGAGGUGCAGGCAGGUGCGUGUGCGCGGGAGCGUCUGUCUCAGGAUCUCCAAGUGAAACAGGCCCAGGUGUGUUCACUGGAGGGACAGCUGGGCUCAGCACGAACCCUCACACACACCCUCGAAAAGGAGGUCAAAAGGUUGGAGGCAGAGCUAGAGAAGUUACAGAUCACUAACAGCUCUGGAGAUUCCAUGUUGUUUUCCACCCCAUGCUGGAGUAUGACAUCACCAUGGGACCACAAUGGUGGGAGACAGGAGGAAAGGCAGGGACACAGAGGCGAGGGGGACAAUAAAGCACCACACGUCAGACAACAGCUCAAAUUCUCUGAACCUGGAUUCUCACCCACGCCCAUGUUCCCACAACAACAAGCCAAGGGCACGUCCCACCGGCGCCUGUCACACCAAUCAGACUCCUCCACUCCCUCAGCUGUGUUUCCAUGGGAACGAGAAGACCCAAAGCCUUCCACCAGGGGACGACCCGCUCCUCCUCUCCCCUCCUCCAGCAAUGUCAGACGAGGCCAGGAAGCUGAGGAUUGUGGGAUGGUGGAGGAAUUCAGGAGAGAGACAGACAAGUCGGGGUGUGUAGCAGAGCUGCAGGGGCGUAUGCGUGGCCUACAAGGGGAGCUGAAGGCUGAGUGUGAGCGGUUCAGACAAACCCAGGAUGCUCUAGCCAACGCCAGGAAAGACCUGACCACCAGAGAACAAAGUCUACAGAGGGCCAAGGAUGAACUGAGCCUCGCUCACACGCGCAUCUCACAGGAGAGCGAUCGGGCCCAGUCGUUGGAGCAGCGAGUGAAGCAGCUGCAGGAGGAACUGAAGUGUCAGAGACAGAACACUGAGAGCAGCCGCCUGCAGCACCAGCAACGCACCAGAGACCUGGACAAGCAACACCAGAGGGACUUGUUGGAGCUGCAGAAAGAGUGUCAGUCUGUGGAGAAACAGCACCAGCUGGAUGUUAACAAACUGAACCAGGAGGUCCAGCAGGCCAGAACACUACACAACACACUACAGGCCCAGUCUGAGAAGGUGACCCUUCAGAAGCAGGCGUUGGAGAGGGAUGUAGACAUUCUGAAAGAGAAAGUCAAAUGGACUGAGGGGGAACUGAAGGAGAGCCAGAAGAAAGAGGCCCAAACACAAACCAAACUAACGGAGACGGUGCUUGAGAGGGAGGGGUUGAAUGUUACUCUGGAGCAGAACAGGAGGAGAGAGAGGGGACUGGAGGAGGAGGUGAAGAAUCUGACUGAUGAUCUGGCUGAGGCCCUCCGACGUGUCAAAGAACUAGAAGACCAGAAGACAGUCCAGCCCUCUGUUGCUCCAGCUCCAGUUCCGUUUAGCCCUGCAGGACAGAGCUUUUCCCCAGUCUCACCACCACGACAUGGCCGCCACGCCCCACACACACCCUCGGCUCAGACCAACAGACCUGCCAGAGAGGAGCGAGCGAGGGAGGGAGAGGAGAGAGGGAAUGAGGAACAGAGAGCAAAGUACCCCACAGAGAGAGAACCUGGAGAGGGCAUUGACUCAGAACACAUCACUGCGUUUGGAUCCACAGACUCUGAAAAACGACAGAGGGCAGGAGGGAGGGGGGAGGAGAGGAAACGAGAGAAUGAGAGAAAAGACGAGGCAGAGUCCGUAGUAGAUGGCUGCAUCCCUGGAAAGGAAGCAUCUACCAAGGACAAAAACACACUCGACACACCGAGCUCUCUUUCUCCAACAGACCAAAGUCCCCACCUCACCAGCUCCGCUGGCUCCGACACAGACUACGAGAGCGAGACCCUGUCCAGCCACUCCAAAGCCCGAGCCCAGACCACCAGGGCUGAGGGAGACCUACAGAGGGAGAACAGAGAGCUGCGGUCAGAGCUGCAGGACGUUAAGGAUGAGUUACAAAGGAGACUGGAGGAUCUGGAGACCCAGCGCAGAGCGGAGGCCGAGGCCAGGACCAGGCUCAAGCAGCUCAGCCGCAAACACGCCUCCCAAACCAAGACCUCCAGAGAGACGGAGGAGGAGGAGGAGGAGAGGGCCGAGAUGGGGAGGUUGAAGGAGGCACUGGCUGAACUUGAGAUACAGGUCAGGAUAGAUGCAGAGGACAGGGAGAGAGUGGAGGAAAGGAAAGGGAGGGAGAGAGACGACCGGGAGUCUGAAAGCAUGCUGCUGAAUCUCCAGCUAAAGAAGCAGCUGGUUGAGUUGAAGACUGAGCUCUUGAUAGAACAGGAGGAGAGAGAAAGGGAAAAGGAGGAGGAGAGGAAGAGAUUGAAAAACAAAGGGAUCGAAGGAACGAUUGAACUUACUGUGAAGCUGGAAGAGCUCCAGGCAGAGUUGGAGGAGCUGAAGAACCGUGGAGGUCUUGAAAGGAAGAACAUGGUAGAUAAAAACACCCCUCUGACAUAUCUCACCAUGCACCGUGACAUCCCCUCUAACUCCAACAAGCUACUACCAUCUCCAGACCAGCACCAUCUCCUGUGUGAGUCGACCACUGUUGUCCCGCAGGCAACAACAGCAGAUCUGAUCCGGGAAGAAGGAACUCUGAACAAAGCACCAGAACUCUCCAGACCUAUUGGUGAGGGAGAGGCCAUUGUGGAGGCUCAGAGGGGUAUGUCUGCCUCUGAGCUGGGUGAAACCACUGUGGAAGCUGAGAAAGGGAUAUCUUCCUCAGACCAGGGAGAGACCAAUAAAGACACUCUGAGAGGUGUAUCUCCCUCGGACAUGGAGAAAACCCCACUGGCACUCCAGAGUGCAGGCUUCUCAGCCUCAGAGCUAGCCCAAGAGGUGGAGCGUCUGCGGGGGGAGAGUGCCAGGGAGGCUGGGCGAGCUAUACACUCCCAGGCAAAGCUGGAGGCUUUACAGAGCCAGGUGACCAGGCAGACCCAGCAGCUGACCCUGGCCUUCGACCACCAGAGCAGACACAUCCAGGACCUGCUGGCAGAGCUGCAGGAGAAGGAGGGCGGCCUUCUCAGGCAGGGAAAGGAACUGCAGCACUGCAGAGAUGAACUGGCCACGCUCAGACAGGGGAUGGAGAAAGAGAGAGAGACACGAGAGGAAGAGAGACAGGAGGAGGAGAUAAAGAGCACUAGGGUAACUAUAACCCCUCAGCAGGCUGACCAUUACACAGAUAUACAUCAGAUGACACAUAGCACUCAGAAUGAGUCUGCCUCCGGGAUAGAAGAGACUACAGACAUAACAAUCAACCCACUGAACACUACCCAGGCUUCCUCUACACUUUGUGAUGAGGGAGGUCAGCUGACCACUCCACAGAAAAACUGUGUCACUGAAUGGCAUGAUGUAACAGAUAGCAGUACCACUCUGGGCGGCCAUCCUGCUGAACAUAAUACAGAGAAGAUGGUGGAUUCUAAGGCUUCUGCCCAGCCAGGCAGGAGUGAAGACACGAGAAACAAAGAGAAAUUCAAAUCUGACAGUUUAACUGUAGUAUGUUCCAAAGGGCAGAUGGAACCGUCUGAGAGUUCUGAGAUGAAACGCAUCCGUAGUGAAGAACAACAUUCAACGAAGGAGUUACAGCUAUCCCAGAGAGACCCGAGUCUAACCAGGACUGAGAACGCAUGUCUUACUGCAGAGCUGGAGAAAGCUUCUGGUCCUAUCAACAGACCAGAAGACACCAGGGGACAGGAGAGACAAGAUAGCGGAGGAGAGAGUUUGGCUGUAGAGCUGCAGUCUCUAAAACAGAAGAAUGAACUGCUGAAACUGACACUUCCAGAUGUGGCAAACACAGACCAAGAAACUAGUUCUGUCAGUAACACAACACUACCAGCGACUUGUGAAGAACCGGCUGAAAGAAAAGCAAAGAGAAGGAAAAGAAAGAAGCAGAGAGGAGGACAGGAAGUUAAUUCCACCUCUGGAGAGCUAAAGCAAAUCAGUGACAUUAUCACCUCGGGACGUGAGGCCACACUGCAUGAUGGAGGGAAACCUGUAGACGAGGAGAGAGGGGGAGUAGAGUCUGAAGGAGUGAAGGAGAUGGGGAGAGGGGGAGUAGAGUUGGACAGAGGGAGGGAGACGGGAGCUGGGGAUGAGGGGAGAGGGGGAGUAGAGUUGGACAGAGGGAAGUUGGACGGAGGGAGUGAGGCGGGAGCUGGGGAUGAGGGGAGAGGGGGAGUAGAGUUGGACGGAGGGAGGGAGACGGGAGCUGGGGAUGAGGGGAGAGGGGGAGUAGAGUCUGAAGGAGUGAAGGAGAUGGAGGCAGGGGAUGAGGGGAGAGGGGCAGUAGAGUCUGAAGGAGUGAAGGAGAUGGAGGCAGGGGAUGAGGGGAGAGGGGCAGUAGAGUCUGAAGGAGUGAAGGAGAUGGAGGCAGGGGAUGAGGGGAGAGGGGCAGUAGAGUCUGAAGGAGUGAAGGAGAUGGAGGCAGGGGAUGAGGGGAGAGGGGCAGUAGAGUCUGAAGGAGUGAAGGAGAUGGAGGCAGGGGAUGAGACUCUACUAGACACUACUCCACUGGCUCCACUCCAGAUCACCUGCCUAGAGAAGCAGGUGGUGAUGCUGCAGGCUGAACUGCAGUCUCUCUCUGAGGAGAACCAGAGGCAGGCUGAGGAGCUGACAGUGUGGAGGCUAAUGGCCCAGCCCCUCUGUCUAGACCCAGAGGACCUCACCUCUGCUACCCUCAGCCCUGGCCACAACACUGCUACCCUCAGCCCUGGCCACAACACUGCUACCCUCAGCCCUGGCCACAACACUGCUACCCUCAGCCCUGGCCACAACACUGCUGGACACAACACUGCUACCCUCAGCCCUGGCCACAACACUGCUACCCUCAGCCCUGGCCACAACACUGCUACCCUCAGCCCUGGCCACAACACUGCUGGACACAACACUGCUACCCUCAGCCCUGGCCACAACACUGCUACCCUCAGCCCUGGCCACAACACUACUACCCUCAGCCCUGGCCACAACACUGCUACCCUCAGCCCUGGCCACAACACUGCUACCCUCAGCCCUGGCCACAACACUGCUACCCUCAGCCCUGGCCACAACACUGCUACCCUCAGCCCUGGCCACAACACUGCUACCCUCAGCCCUGGCCACAACACUGCUACCCUCAGCCCUGGCCACAACACUGCUACCCUCAGCCCUGGCCAACACAGCAGUGUGAUGGUGAUCAGAGAGGAUGAGCUGCUUCUCUCCUGUACCUCCAGUAGACUGUAUGGGAGGACCCUGGCCUCAAGACUGCAUCACUGCAAUUCUCCUGAAGCAAAGAGUCUCCAAAACCCAUCCAGAAAGAACAAAUCAACACAUCCCCAAGAGACAGAAAAACAGACCAAUGAACAUGGGGAAGAUGGUGAAGAAGCAGACAUCACCAAAGAUGUUUACCAAAUCUCAGAGCUCCAGACCAAGGCAACAGAGCACACUAACCAAGAUGAUUCAGAAAACAAGACCAAUCCAAACACUCCGAGAGCAACAGAUGAGACCCAGGCCAAAGAAAUAGUCUCAAGGCACAAUCUAGACGUCAUAGAACUAGAUAACAAAGAGUUCCCCACUCUGUCUCUCGCUGAGGCUCAAUCCACUGAAGCACAGUUCUCUGAAACAAACCAUUCCAGUCACCAUCAAGAGGUACCAAUCUCCACUGGUGUUGAGAAUAAAAGUCACUCCUCGGUCCGUAGAAAAGUCACCACUACAUCAGAGUGGCGAACUGAGAGAACGAUGGUGGAGACCAAGGUUCUGAGUUCAAAGGUCAUACCAGCAGGAUGGACAGGUCAAGAGAGAUUGAGCUCUGUAGAGGUGAGUAGUACCAGCUCUCAGACAGAGGAGGGGAGAGAAACAGGCGCCCUACCAGAAACACACCACGUAUACACACAGACGGAGGAGGAGGAGAAUGAUGAAGAACCCACAGAAUCACCCCCUGUGUCACCAGUCCAGAUGUCUGAGGCCGAGGGGGUCAGGAUGUUGUUUUCUGGGUCCUUCCCGAUCCCUGCUGACCCAGCCCGUCUUGCGGAGCGGAUCCGUCGUAACCGGACUCAGAUGUCUGCAGCGUACGAUGAUACGGAAUACGAACCCUACGGCCUGCCUGAGGUGGUCAUGAAAGGUUUUGCUGACAUUCCCAGUGGUCUAGGCUGUCCGUACAUUGUGAGGAGGGGGCUCCUGGGUACUGCUGCUAUGCCCCGCCCCCAGAGAGAUCUCGGCCAGAGGGAGGGGGGGCAGGAGGACCCUGAUUAACCCCCAACAGGUGAAGCGUUUAGCCCCUUAGAACCUAAUAUCUGCACCGGUCACACAAAUAACAGCUCCAUCAUCACACAGUUUACGUAUUUCAGCACGUAUUUCACAAUUAUCACACGGUUUGUGUAGUCGUAAUGUAAACCACUAUGUGAUCGUGAUAGAUUAUACAAAGUCUGUAGUUGCAUAAUGUUGUCUUUAGAAAGGACGUUUCAUGUGGAGAUGACAUUAACUAGUUCCACAUAUGACUGACAUAAUCGUCUGGUCCUCCUUGGGAGAGUAGGGUGUCCCCCAUGGCAAUCCACCUCUCUCCUGUGUGGGUUCACAAGUUCCACAUAUGGUUGAGUGUGUUUGUUUAUGCCGUGUGUCAGAGUGUUUGUACAGAUCCACUGGAAGACCGUCAGAGGAGGAGUUAAUUUCACUGGACCUGCUGUGUACUGACCCCCACCUCCUGCCCUGAUGUACUGACCCGAAUAAAACCUGUUUCAUCUCUUGUGUACUGAAACACCUGAAGAGGGACAACUGUCCCCUGCUGACGUUUAAGACCUUUCAUUGAGUUAUACAGAGGCUCAUUGGUUUCGAUGCACCUACUACAGUACUGUUCUUUACAAAUCUACUGGUUCAGAUUUCCUUGUUGUGGUUCAAAUGAGAAAUGGUGCCUUGUUUUUAUUUAAUUUUUAUAAGCUACUUUAGGCCAUGGUCCAUUGCCUGUUGUGAAAACUUGAAUUUUCAUUUGAAUAGUCUUAUUUAUAGACUGUUGAAUGUUUUAGUGUGUGUGUGUUAAUAUUGGUUUUUAUAAGCAGUGGGUGUACAUUUGAGGGAGCGUGUGUCGGUUUGUACAAAACUGUACAUGGAUGAGUACGUACUGCAUGUGUAGGAUGAUGUCUGGUCGUUAUGUUUUCUCAAUAUUAGCCUGUGCCUGUGUAUGACUCAACCUAACCUGAGCGUGUUUCCUCUCCUUGUAUGGUGAUCCACUGGGAACGCUCCUUCUCUUCCCCUCCCUCGUCCCCUCUUUCUGUUCUUUCCCUAUUCAUUUCUCUCUUUCUUUACACUCAAACCUUUUUAAAAAUGGCACCCUCUGUGCUCUUGAAUUUACACAAGUGCUAAACACACGAGUGAGGUAGUUUAUUUUUAUUUUUUUAGAUACACUAUUUAAAUUGUGCAGGUUUUAGUCUGCUUUUUUGGACUUUUUUAGUUUUUCCUAGAUUUAAUAUAUUACAUUUUUGGGGGGAUAGAUUUUUCGUGCACGUUAGUGAUUGUGCCUUAGUUUUCUAGAUUUUCAGUUGCAUCAAUAAACUGCCCUGGUUUGAAACAAUAUUCACUUAAGAGAUUGUAUAUCAAAUGAAUUUAUAGCAUCUUAAAUGUAAUCUUGGUACUGCCACCCUCAUUGGUGUGCUUUGAGGAAGUGUGUGCACUUGUAUACAAAACAUGAAGAACUCUUUCCAUGACAGACUGACCAGGUGACUACAGGUGGAAGCUAUGAUCCAUUAUUGAUGUCUCUUGUUAUAUCCACUUCAAUCAGCGUAGAUGAAGGGGAGGAGACAGGUUGAAGAAGGAUUUCUGGUAGAGCAUGGCACUUGCAACGCCAGGUUUGUGGGUUCGAUUCCCACGUGGGACCAGUACAAACGAAAUAUGAAAAUGUAUGCACUCACCACUACAUGUCGCUCUGGAUAAAAGCAUCUGCUAAAUGACUCAAAUGUAAACGUGUGUGUGUGCCAUUCAGAGGGUGAAUGGGCAAGAUAACAUAUUUAAGUGCCUUUGAACAGGGUAUGGUAAUAGGUGCCAGACUCACCGGUUUGUGUCAAGAACUGCGACACUGCUGGGUUUUUCACACUCAAGUUUUUCCGUGUGUAUCAAGAAUGGUCCACCACCCAAAGGACAUCCAGACAACUUGACACAACUGUGGGAAGCAACUGCCCCAAUGAAGUGAGGCUGUUCUGAGGUCAAAGGGGAGUGCAACUCAAUAUUAGCAAGGGUUCUUAAUGUUUUGUACACUGUGUUUUGUUAACGAAACCUUCCUCCAUUCCAAAUCCGCUCCGACCUUCUUUCAGAGCUGAGGUUUAUUACAGCGUUACUGCAUGGUACUAAGAUGAAUGUGAGUUGUUAUUGGUUUUGUUGUGGUCUAAAUAAUCUCUCAAAACACCUAUUUGUUUUUAACACACAACUAAAUAAGUUAACAGCCAUUGGAUCUGAUAGAAAUUACAGGUUUAAUACAUUGUGGAGUGAUUUUAACUUGAUAUACAUAGUUAGCUACACUUGCUUUCUGUCACUACUGACAUGAUGCAUGUAGCCACUAGCAACAACCAUGUCUUCUCUAGAUUCUAGAAGCCUGGCGUGUGUUCUAGAACACGUAUGGGCUGUUACAGUACCAUUCACUAGCCUUCUGAACACGCCCCUAGCUGAGUUAUCUGUGGGAUCUCUGGGUGGUGGGACUAGUCCAAGGAGUCCAGCAGAACGCACUGGAUUCUUUCCCCUGUAUGUGACACUUUUGUGUGAAUGUAUCGCUGUUGAUGCUUUGUGUCGCUGUUGAAGAAGAUAGAUUAAAAAGGUUGAUCUAAA